AUGGUUGUGGUUCUCAUGAGCAUGUCGUGGUUCAUGGUGUUUCAAGUGAACGAGACCUACGGCUACCCGCUGACCGCGAACCGCAUGCUGAAGUACAAGAACAAGGUCCUCAGCCUCGACAACAAGAACCCCAAGAAGAAGCAUGUGAUAAAGGAGAUUACCCCAGCAGAAGUUGUGCCUGCCGGGAAGAGCCAAGAAGGUGAUCACACAGAACUUUUCACGUUGUGGAAGCGAGUUUGGUUGCAUGCUGUGUUGCUUUACAGUCACAUGCAGAGUGCAGUUGUGAUGGAGGAAGCCUUGCAAAGGCUUACGGACCUCACUGCCCAAAACACACAGCAGAUACAAGCACUUGCCCAGGCAAUGAACAACCAGCAAGUUCAGGCAGGUACUGCUUCACAACAGCUACAAGAACUCGCGCAGUCAGUUUCACAACAACAGAGAGCAAUCACUGAAGCAACCCAAGCAACGAACACAGCACUGUCACAGCAAGCAGAGCUUACUGCAAAUGCGGUUGCAGCAACAGGAAAGCUUACAGCAGAUGCAGUCACAGCACUGUCGCAACACGCAGAGUCGAGAAGGCCAGGAGAGGUUGACCUCCACAAGAUGAUCAAAUCUCCGGAAGUCUUUGGCCCCACGACGUACAAAGAAGAACGUGAUGGUUUUCUAGAGUUUCGGUUGAAGAUGAGAAGCUGGAUAGGUGCCCUCAACAACGACAUCCUCGAGAAGAUUAACGCAGUCGAGAUGGAAAGUGAUCUUCACCAGAGAAUUGAAGUUAUCCUGGACUCUGGCGCAGAUGACGCACAGGGAAAGGCAAUAAAGGCAGAAGGAAGAAGGAUGCUGAACUUAACGUUCUUUGAUGACGAUGGAAGCUUUUGUCGCAUCCAGGAAGCCUUCACCGUUGCCUCGGUGAUCAACCCUCUGAUGGCCAUAGGCAAGCUGUUUCGAGAAGGUUGGGAGUUGCGAGUUAACGAAGAAGAAGGUAUGUGCCUUACAGACGGAAGCUCAAGAAUACCCGUGCAUCUCCACAAGAACAGCUUGGCAGCACAAACUCCUUCAAGAAGCAAAGGCUAUACCAGCAGCAACUACAAGAUGGUUCGUACAGUUGUUCAGCUCAACAAGCACAUUCAGGAAGCAGUGAACAGAGAAGAACCUGGUUGGCACAAUACCGACAGCAUGGUCAUCGUGAAGUGUGCCACUCAAAGCAGCUACGAGAACCCAUCUCUCAUGUACAGCCCUACGCACUUUCCGUACAGAAGCACUUUGGUGAAAGAAGAGAGAGGAUGGAGAGCAGUUGAAGUUUCAAGAAAGUACUCCGAGAAGGCAGACCCUUUUGAAGAGUUUGCUGAAGGAGAAAAGGAAGUGGUUACAGCCAUUUCAGCAAAGCCAAUUCCACUUUGGAUUCUUGGCACUCCCUACGCUGCCGGAGACCGAGCAGACCAAGAAAGCCAUGGUCGUGACUACUGGAAGAUGGAUCUCGAGAAAGGAGAAGUUGUUCGUCACCACGUAGUACCAAGAACUGUUUUGUUUGACCCGACAGGUGUUUCCAACUGUCCUGUCCUCCUUGGAGACCUCGAGAACAGCAGAUAUACCCAAGGAGACUGUAUCUACAGUACGGAAAUCUACGAACACAGCGACGACUGGAGAGCAGACCGUCUACCUCUACGUGAACACUUUCGUUUGCCGUGGUUUGGUCAAACAAGGUUUCGUGUGAAGCCAGAAGUUGUUGAAGACCUGAAGGCAGAAGCAGCAGCAGAGGAGCUAAAGAAGAAGAAGGAAGAACACUACAAAGAGAAAGAAGCUUCAGCAGUACCAGCAGCAGAAGAAGAGAGCAAAGAUGAGGAUAUGAGAGAAGCACAAGCAGACCAAGAAGCACCACAAGAAGUUGUUGAAGUUUUGGAGGAAAGCUUCUACCACGAAGGUGUUGAGUACACAGCACAAAAGAGCAGUCUUAAAGAACUACAAGCACUUUGCAGAGAGUACGGAGUGAAGACAACAGGAAGCAAGAAGCAGCUUUUGAGGAGACUUGCCACAGCAGUCAGAGAAGAGAGGCUCAACACACAGCACAAGGAGCAACGGGAACACCACCAAGCAUACCACCUAGCACCACCUCAGGAACCAACGGAAGAGGAGAGAGCGUACCACAACUUGACGCACCUUCCGUACCAGCCUUGGUGUCCCCAUUGCGUCAACAGAGCAGAAGAAGCAGACGGUUACCUCAACAUGCCUCAUGAUGAUGAAGUUUACGAAGCAGAUGAUGAGUUUUUGUACGUCCCCGUCGAUUUCUUCGAUGAGGAGAAAGGACCACCGAACGUGGACCCAGCUUUUCUUCAGAAGUUGGACGAUGAAGCAACUGAGAACGUACCUCUGGUAGACUCAGAGCAAGAACUUCACAAGUGGUUGACAACGAAGUUGGUGAAAGAUUGGAGGUUCAGAGAAGCUACAGGUUUCGAAGUUGAUGAAGCCACAGCAGGAAUUACAAAACUGGUGCCCAUGCUGGCUCUCGCCAACAAUUGGGCGAUCUACAGUGUCGACGUGAAAGACGCGUUUUUACAAGAACAGCCAGAACGUAGCCCUGGAACUUGGUGUUGGAAGCUAGGAAGAGUUUUGCCAGGUCAACGCGACGCAUCCAGCCUUUGGUCCGUCUUUUGUGAUGGACCUUUGGUUGAAGAGAAGUUCGAGCGUUGUACAGCAGUCCCAGCACUUUACCGUCUUCUACGACAAGGAAAAGUAGUUGCCGUUUGCAUUGUACACGUAGAUGACUUGCAGUUUGCAGGAAAGAAGGAAGUCAUCGAACCGAUCCUCAGGAACCUCAAGAAGACAGUGAACUUACAAGUUGAAGGACCUCUUUUGAACGAGGAAGACUACGAGAAAGGAUUUUCUGAAGAGACCGUGAAGUUUCUCAAAAGGAAGUACACGUACGAACAUCACGAACUACGAGUACAUAGCGAUAACAAGUACGUGAAGAAACUCGUGGAGAUCCUCAAGCUGGAGAAGAAGAAGGCCAAGAACUCACCUUGCACGCCGGCUAGUCAAGAACCUGACGUAUCCCAAGAACUGGACGAGGAACACUCGAGAACGUACAGAAGUUGUGUUGGCAUUUUGCUGUACGUGGCGCACGACCGUCCGGACAUUCAGUUCGCAGUACGCAGCUUAAGUACUGCCAUGACGAAGCCAACGGAACGCAAAAGGAAAGAACUGGAGCACUUGGCGCUCUACCUCAAAGGAACGUCAGACUACGCCGAACGUCAGCUUUACGUCACCGCGCCGAAGAACCACAAGAACCACAAGAACCUCGAGAACAACCACGUGAACGUUUACUCGAAGUUUUUAGUGAACUACGACGUGGACUCCUUCGACGAGGCAAAGAAAGAAGUGACAGAGAGAGCAGAGAAGCUAAAGAAAGUUGAGGAAAGCCCGGAGAAGGAAAAGGAGGAGUUUGAGGACGAAAAGAAACAGUUUGAGGAGGAAAAGAAGGAAGCCAGCGAAGAAAAGACAAAGUUUGAGGAGACAGUGAAAAGGUUUUUGGCAAAGCAGAAAGAGGUGAAGGAAAAAGAAGACAAGGAGCAAGCGAAGACCUUAAGCGAGAAAGAGACAGCCCUUGAAGAAGCCGAGGAGAAGGUCAAGGAAAGAGAAGCAGAGGUUGGAAGAAAGAGCAGAGAGGUAGAGAAGAAAGAGAGAAAAGCUCAGGAAAGAACCACCGGCUACGACGAGGAGAGAGAAGAGUACGCCAAGAAGUACGUGGACAACGCAAAGAAGGACUUGGAGAGAGAGCUUAAAGUGCUAAAGCAAGAAGAGAAAGUAAGGAACCAGAAGCUCGACGACCUCCAGUACGACUACAAAAGCCUCAAGGACGACUACCAGUACUUCAAAGGUUACUCGCUUGCCGUCGAUCCACUCCUUCGGAGCUCCAGCAGCCUACACCAGCUGCUCCCACCUCGCUGCAGGGAGCAGCACACUUGA